AUGACUUUUCGGCUUGCCAUGAGCCAGCCAAAUGUGGCGGCCUUUGAGCAAAGUGUGGUCGACCUCUCGACUCCAAGUCACCCACGCUACGGACAGCACAUGAAGCAAGAAGAGAUCCAAAGACUCCUGAGUCCCGAGACUGCUAUCUCGAAUCAGAUCCUGGCUUGGCUGUCUGCAGAAAAUGUCCCUCCCGACAUUAUCAAGGCCAAGGGCAACUGGGUCACCUUCAGAGCAUCAGUUUAUCAAGCAGAGCUGAUCAGACCAGACUGUCUGCGAGAGCUGUACGGCCUCUUUAACUCAACAGCAACGCCUUCUCCAUGGAAUCGACUAGGCAUCUCGGGGUUUCUGGACCAAUAUGCCCGCCAUGGCGAUUUCGAUCAAUUCAAGGCGCAGUUUCUGCCAGAUGAGGGAGAAAGCAGCUUCACAGUGGUCACCAUCAACGGUGGGCUGAAUGACGAGGUCUCCCCUGGAAUGACUACUGAGGCGAGUCUAGAUAUACAGUACUCCGUUUCUAUGGCUCACGACACACUGGCAACAUUUUACAGUACAGGUGGUCGGGCUCCUCUUAUACCCGAUGCUGACCAGCCAGAUGCCGGCAACUCGGGAAACGAGCCUUUUCUGGAACAACUUCACUAUCUCAUCGACCUGCCAGGUGACCAGCUCCCAGCAGUUCUCUCUACAUCCUACGGAGAAUCCGAGCAAAGUUUGCCUCCAUCAUACGCCCGCGCAGUAUGUACUUUAUUUGCUCAACUCGGUGCCCGAGGCGUGUCGAUCAUCUUCAGCAGUGGAGAUUCCGGGGUGGGAAGUUCAUGCCAGACCAAUGACGGAGCCAAGAGAACCAGGUUCAUUCCAGGAUUCCCGGCAUCUUGUCCCUUUGUUACGUCUGUUGGUGGAACAUACGGGAGUAAUCCAGAAGGAGCGACUGAUUUCUCGGGGGGUGGAUUCUCCGACUUGUUCCCUCGGCCGGCAUACCAAGAUCAAGCAGUACAAGGGUAUCUUGACCGCUUGAGCGAGGAUCAAUGGACAGGUCUGUAUAAUCCGCAUGGACGAGGAAUUCCAGAUGUGGCAGCCCAAGCGAAGAACUUCAUCAUUCGCGAUCAUGAGACGUGGUUCAAGAUCAGUGGAACAAGUGCCGCAGGGCCCGUCUUUGCUGGUAUAGUUUCUCAGUUGAAUUCACUUCGUCUUGCUCAAGGAAAACCUCGUAUGGGAUUCCUCAACCCAUGGUUGUAUACUGUCGGCAAGGCUGGGCUAACAGACAUUACAAUGGGAGGAUCAAGGGGCUGUUAUGGAUUUAGCCAGACAGGCGCCAGCACACCGCAUGUUCCAUACGCAGGAUGGAAUGCCACAGAAGGAUGGGAUCCGGCCAGCGGACUGGGAACGCCCUUCUUCCCAACAUUGGCGAAGCUGGUACUUUUUCCCCACAAAUAG